GUGAUAGCAUCAUCAUAUAAGAACAAGGGAAGUCAUGACUCUUCAUCUGACAGGUGUUUGGCUGUUGCUAAUCACACAUACAGUGUUGGUGUUCUGUGAUAUGGAAUUCCUGGAGAGAACGCAGGGUGACUCUGUAGAGUUCUACUGUAUCUCUGAGUUCAAUGCCUCCAGGCCCAUUGGGCUCUACCUGAAACGCAAGUGGCUGCAGCCCAACAGAGAGGUCCUGUUCAUGUUUACUGAACAAAAGCCUUCGUUUUACGAUGACGUCAAAGAGCGCAUCCAUGUCACGGGAGACCCGAGUACUCACCGGGUCAACGUGACCAUCAACCAGCUGAACGGAACAGACACAGACCUCUACUACUGUGAGUUUGUCUUCCCCGAUGCCUCCAGCGUCGAUCAAAAGAUUCCAAGCAAUAUGGAGUUCUUUCUGUACGUCGACAAUGUUGGUGUUAGGUGUGGCUGUACUGGUUACACUCCACUGCUCUAUGCCCUUUCUGCUGUUGUGGGGCUGUUACUCAUCUUCCUUAUGGCCCUGGGAGUGGCUCAUUAUGGUAAGACCCGAGGAGACUGUGUCAAACCGCAGCCCCACCAGGCUUCCACCUACGAGGAGAUGGUUGGGGUGCGGCCCCCCAACCAGAAUGGAAAAGUGUCUCCCUCUUACCACCCGAGGCCCCCCCUGCAUCUGGAGGAAAUGGAUGCUUCUGCCUAUGAAAACCCCCCUCUGAGUUCUCGACAGGAAAACCACUACGAGAGGCCCGAAGAGUCACCGCUAGUAUCUGAAACUGCUGGGGAGAUGUGAGGAACAAGUCCACAGGGAACUGUCGUUCUUGCCAAUCAUGGAGAUUGAUCCUGUGCUGGAAACAGACAAGAAUCAUGGCCAUCCCAUUAUCAGGACUUACAAAAUACCAAUUUAUACCUGGUGCUAACAUCCCGUCCUUUGUCUACGUUCUGAGACAGAUGUCGACUAUUAAAUGCAUUGUGAUCAGAUCUUCCUGACCUCAGAAUAUAGUCAGGUAAAUUGUCUUGAUAUCAAGUGUAGACUGAUAUAACCAUUAUAGCGUCAAGAUGUCUCAAUAUUUUGAAUACCGGAUGGGACCAGGAAACCUGGUCUUAAUGCAGACUGUGGAAUGGCUAAUAUGUGGACAAGCUCCAGGACAAAGGACACAUGCUCGCAUCAGGUAUAAAAGGGGCUAGAGAGCAACAGGGUGCCUUUCCACAUUGGUUAAUGCAGAUAAUUUCUGAUAUGUAGCAUGGUCAGAGUCAGUGGGAUGGUCCCAUGGUGUGCUGAACCACAGCAUGGCUUCAAAAUCUAAUUGUAUUUGUCACAUGUGCUGAAUACAACAGGUGUAGACCUGACAGUGAAAUGCUUUACUUACAAGCCCUUAAGAAAAGUUAAGCAUAUAGAAAAAUGAAGAGCAACAAAAUAAGUGAGGCUAUACACAGGGGGUACCGGUAAUAUGUAAGCGACUAUGCAGUUCAAUUGGAUGUAAAAGCUGUAAUGUCCUUUUGUGAUUUGCAAAUUCUGAGAACUCACUGACCUGAAAAAAAGUACAAUAGAGAUUUAACUCAACAGCUUACUGUAAAAAAUAAAUUUAUAACAAGGGGUGCCUCCAGUGUAAAGUGGAUUCCUUGGUGGUGUGUGGCUUCUUUGUGUGUGAGUUGUCUAAAGUUGCUUCCUUAUCUGGCUUCCUCUGGGGGUUGUGUCGCUAGAGGUGCAUUAAUACUAAAUGUCCACAAGAAAUCGACAAGACGCUUUAACAGCCAAGAAAAAUGUCAAUUUAUUAAUAUAUUCCGAAAGAAGCUCCAUAACUCAUGGAAACAUGUUUUUUCCGGUGCAUGUCAUUAACAAUCACAUUCUAUGAGGAGAAAAAUAAACAUAAA